AUGACCAGCGACGAACCGCAACGAACCAGGCACUGCAGCCUAUCACCAACUCCCCACUUCCCUUCCCGUACCACCCCUAUCAAACCCGCAAAGCGCACCGUUUUACGCAGCCCUCUUCCUCGAGACGAAGUGUCCAUUGCUCUCCCUCCCAGUGGGAAUAAAUACAUAAACUCCCUUUCACCACCACCACCACCACCACCACCGGGAGUGUGUACUCGAGUGGCUGGGUGCGGGAUGCUGGCUGAGGGGAUUUUGGAGAUGUUUGGGGUAGCGGUGGGGAAUGCAUUAUUAGAGAUUGAUGUUGGCCAUUUUCGGACGGUUAGGGAUAUGCUGGAUGGGUGGGGAGGCGAGAGGAGAGGGUGA